AGAAGCAGCUGGCAUCUUGACAGUGCUGUUAUCCAUAAAAGCUCCAGCAGCAGCAGACAAUUGCACCAACCAUUGACUCCACCAGCAGAACUUGCCUCCCGAACCCUUUCUCUCUCACUCGCAGGAUGGCUGCUUCUCUCUCUGCAGGCAAGCAUGAGACUCUCACAGGGCCGGUGCAGGACACCCAACAAAGUGUGAAGGAGCGCGGCCAGUGGGAUAGCAAAAUGGAGUUUAUUCUAACUGUGGCUGGCGCUAUUAUUGGACUUGGAAAUAUAUGGAGAUUUCCCUAUCUUUGUUACAAGAACGGUGGGGGGGCGUUCUUCAUCCCAUACAUCCUGUACCUGGUGACCUGUGGCAUCCCUCUGUUCAUCCUGGAAACGGCUCUGGGCCAGUACACUAGCCAGGGUGGCAUCACCUGCUGGAGAAAGAUCUGCCCGGUGUUUGAAGGAAUGGGCUAUGCCGCCCAAGUGAUUACUAUAUAUGGAUGUAUGACCUACAUUGUGAUUCUGGCGUGGGCUUUCCUCUACCUGUUCUCAUCCUUCAGUGUUGACCUGCCAUGGGCCAACUGCAACAAUGCCUGGAACACAGAUGCUUGUGUGACAUUUGGCACCAAGAAUGCCAGCAGCAAUUGGACUGGUUCUCUCCUGAAUUCGUCAUCUUCCGUUGUGGAGUUCUGGCAGCGGCGAGUGCUGCGGAUAUCAGAUGGGAUUGAGUCCUUGGGAGGUAUUAGAUGGGAGCUGGCUCUGUGUCUUCUACUGUCGUGGAUUGUCUGUUACUUCUGUAUCUGGAAAGGAGUGAAGUCUACUGGGAAGGCAGCGUACGUCACGGCUACCUUCCCCUAUGUCAUGCUAGUGGUGUUAUUUGUCAGAGGAGUGACCCUUCCAGGAGCUAAAGAUGGCAUCUUCUACUACUUGUAUCCCAAUACAACACGGCUAGCUGAUCCACAGGUUUGGAUGGAUGCAGGAACGCAGAUAUUCUAUUCUUACGCCAUAGGCCUGGGCUACCUGACUUCUCUUGGAAGCUACAACAAAUACAACAACAACUGUUACAAAGACUCCUUCUACCUGUGCUUGUUGAACAGUGGGACCAGCUUCGUGUCUGGUUUUGCCAUCUUCUCCAUACUGGGUCAUAUGGCUCGAGAACAGGGUGUGGACAUCUCUGUGGUUGCUGAGUCAGGUCCUGGCCUGGUGUUCAUAGUGUACCCCCAGGCAGUGUCCCUGCUCCCCUGCCCUCAGUUCUGGGCUGUCUGUUUCUUCUCCAUGAUCAUCCUAUUGGGAGUGGACAGCCAGUUUGUCGGCCUUGAGAGCCUAAUGACCUCAGUAACGGACGUCUACCCAAACCUCAUCAGAAAAGGCUACCGGAGGGAGAUGCUGCUGCUGCUCAUCUGCUGCUGCUGCUACCUGGUCGGACUCAUCAUGGUCACAGAGGGUGGCCUCUACAUCAUCCAGCUCUUUGACCAUUAUGUGUGCAGUGGUGCCACUCUGUUGCUCCUCUCCAUAUGCCAGUCACUCAGUAUUGGAUGGAUAUAUGGUGCUGAACGCUUCUGUGACAACAUUGAGGAUAUGAUUGGCUAUAGGCCCUCCUCCCUGGUCAAGUAUUGUUGGCUCUACAUUACCCCUACUAUCUGCACAGGAACCUUUGUAUUUUCCCUGCUGAAGUACAGCCCUUUGAAGUUCAACAACACAUAUUUGUACCCGUGGUGGGCCUACUGGCUAGGGUGGUUCCUGGCUAUGUCCUCCCUAUCUCUCAUCCCCAUCACCAUGGUCUACCAAUUGUACUGGGGCAAAGGGACUUUCUGGCAGCGCCUCCAGACAAUCUGUCGGCCAGCAGAUGACCUUCCUAUGAUGAUGAAGGAGGAGAUGGUAGUUCUCUAUGCUCUGGACCAUGUUACUGACGAUGAGAAGACAUACAGCAAUAAUCUAUAGACUGACUGUUCUACUAGUACUUUUGGGGCUGGUUUCCCAGACACAGAUUAAGCCUAGUGGGACUGAGACCAUGAUUUUUCGUCCAGGACAAGGCUUAAUAUGUGUCCGGGAAACCAGCCUUUUUUUGUUGUCUAUUUUUGUAACUUAAAAAAAAUAUAUAUAUAUAGAUACACACACAGUGUCAAGAAAAUGUAUGUGAUCCCUUUGGAAAUACCUGGAUUUCUGCAUAAAUUGGUCAUCAAAUUUGAUCUGAUCUUCAUCUAAGUUACAAUAAUAGACAAACAUAGUGUGCUUAAACUAAUAACAUUCAAAUGAUUGUAUUUUUUUUGUCUAUAUUGAAUGCAUCAUUUAAACAUUCACAGUGUAGGUUGGAAAAAGUAUGUGAACCCCUAGGCUAAUGACUUCUCCAAAAGCUAAUUGGAGUCAGGAGUCAGCUAACCUGGUGGCAGGGUAGCCUAGUGGUUUGAGUGUUUUAUUAGUAACCGAAAGGUUGCAAGUUCGAAUCCCUGAGCUGACAAGGUACAAAUCUCUCGUUCUGCACCUGAACAAAGCAGUUAACCCACUGUUCCUAAGCCGUCAUUGAAAAUAAGAAUUUGUUCUUGCCUAGUUAAAUAAAGGUAAAAUGAAAGAAAACCUGGAGUCCAAUCAAAUAGAGGAGAUGAGAUGUUGGUUAGAGCUGCCUUGCCCUAUAAAAAAACACACGUAAUUUGAGUUUGCUAUUCACUAGAAUCAUUGCCUGAUGUGAACCAUGCCUUGAACAAAAGAGAUCUCAGUAGACCUAAGAAUUGUUGACUUGCAUAAAGCCUUGAUGUGCAAGACAAAUUGUAUAUAAAUGGAGAAAGUUCGGCACUGUUGCUUCUCUCCCUAGGAAUGGCUGUCCUGCAAAAAUGACUGCAAGAGCACAGUGUAGAAUGCUCAAUGAGGUUAAGAAGAAUCCUAGAGUGUCAGCUAAAGACUUACAGAAAUCUCUGGAACAUGCUAACAUCUCUGUUGAUGAGUCUUUGAUACGUAAAACACUAAACAAGGAUGGUGUUCAGGGGAGGACACCACGGAAGAAGCCACUGCUUCUGUGGACAGAUGAAACUACAGUUGCGUUGUUUGGAAGGAACACACAACACACACAAGACAUUUUGCAGGAGAAAGUUAGGUUACCUGUCCGCCAAUUUAAGCUCAACAGAAGUUGAAUGAUGCAACAGGACAACGACCCAAAACACAGAAGUAAAUCAACAACAGAAUGGUUUCAACAGAAGAAAAUAUGCAUUCUGGAGUGGCCCAGUCUCAAUUGGGUUGAGGUCAGGACUCAACCCGAUUGAGACAUUUUGGCAUGACCUCAAGAGAGCAGUUCACACCAGACAUCCCAAGAAUAUUGCUGAACUGAAACAGUUUUGUAAAGAGGAAUGGUCCAAAAUUCCUCCUGACUUUUGUGCAGAUCUGAUCCGCAACUACAGAAAACGUUUGGUUGAGGUUAUUGCUGCCAAAUGAGGGUCAACCAUUUAUUAAAUCCAAGGGUUCACAUACUUUUUCCACCCUGCACUGUGAAUGUUUACACGGUGUGUUCAAUAAAGACAUGAAAAUGUAUAAUUGUUUGUGUUUUAUUAGUUUAAGCAGACUGUGUUUGUCUAUUGUUGUUACCUAGAUGAAGAUCAGAUGACAUUUUAUGACCAAUUUAUGCAGAAAUCCAGGUAUUUCCAAAUGGUUCACAUACUUUGUCUCGCCACUGUAUAUAUAUUAAGAGUUUUUGGGGGCUUUGUGUUUUAUAUAGUUCAUGUAGCUGCUCAGAGUUGUGCUUGGGUAAUGUGGGGUAUUAGGUUUCAACUGCAGUAUGAUGUAUAGUGAGUGUAAUAUCAUAGUUUUAUUUAGCUUAAUCAAUUUAAUAUCUAUAGCAUAAUGUGUGAAAUCAUAGAAACAUAUUUUUCUUAAGAUUGAAAUGAUUAGUGGGUUGAAGACCAAUCAUAAAAUAGCUACACCUAGAUCACCUUAACAUUUUGGGCCGGUUUCCCACACACAGAGAAUCUCCAUUGAAUAUGCUUUUUAGUCCAGGAUUGGGCUUAAUCUGUGCAUACACUCAGUAUACAGUAGUUCAUCAAUCCAAGGCGUUGACGUGUACCUUUUAUUUUGCCGGGUAAAUUGACAUGCAAUCACCCCAUUUGUAAUGAACUACUCUUAUUUGAACAAACAAAAUGAACAACCUCAGGAUCUAAUUCUAAAGAAUAAUGUUAUAAACCCCUGUGUGUAAUUUGGUCACAAAAAGAUAAUGCAUUGUAGUCUACUGUUUAACUUCAAAUCCAUUUCUGAUGUGUGUAUCAUGUUGUAUCUUGCUGAAGUGUUGGUCGUGCAAUACAAAUCUACCACAGCAGGGUUUUUGAUGUAUUUUUUGAAAGUCAACAAGUACACCUGGAACAUUGUAUAUACAGGUAACUGCCAAAAGAAAGGAAACACAUGAGGGAUAAAUGAGGGAUACAAGGUCAAUUGAAAGCAGUUGCUUUCACACAGGUGUGGUUCCUGGAUUAAUUAAGCAAUUAAAACAUCCCGUCAUUCUACCAUGGCUAGAAGGAGAGAUCUCUGACUUGAGGGGUCUCAAAGGAGCAAAGAGGGGUUUAAAGUGUGUCUCAGUCACCAGAUCUCAACCCAAUCGAACACUUAUGGGAGAUUCUGGACUGGUACCUGAGACAGCGUUAUCCACAACCAUCAACAAAAUACCAAAUUAUAGAAUUUCUUGUGGAAGAAUGGUGUUGCAUCCCUCUAAUAGAUUUCCAGACACUUGUAGAAUCUAUGCUGAUGCGAAUUGAUGUUGUGAUGGUGGCUCAUGGUGGCCCAACGCCCUAUUAAGACACUUUAUGUUGGUGUUUCCUUUAUUUUAGCAGUUACCUAAUUUAUGUAGAAAUGUUCUAUUUUUAUCUAAUACUGUUUUACAAUAUAUUUUUGUUAACGUUUCUGUAAUAAAAUAUGUUUAAACAGAA